AUGUCAACGAUUCGAACAGCUAUCAGCGAUGCAGUCCGGACAUCGCUUGGACCGAGGGGAAUGGACAAGAUGAUCCAAACAUCCAAGGGCGAGGUUGUCAUCACCAACGAUGGGGCAACGAUCCUCAAGAGCAUCCAGGCCUUACAUCCCGCUGCCAAGAUGGCGACGCAGGAUGUUGAAGCCGGAGAUGGGACGACGUCUGUGGUCGUUCUCGCAGGAAGUUUUUUGGGAGCUGCGGAGAAAAUGCUGCAGAAGGGCAUGCACCCAACCAUCAUCGCGGAGGCAUUCCUCAAGGCGUCCACCAAAGCGGUCGAAUAUCUAACUGAAAUGUCGACGCCGAUCGAUCUCAGUGAUAAAACUAGUCUUUUGCGAGCCGCAAGCACGUCGUUGAACUCGAAGAUUGUGUCUCAAUACUCGUCUACACUUGCGCCCAUCGCCGUCGCUGCAGUGACUCGUCUUGUUACGCCUACGUCUUCUAAUGUCGAUCUGCGGGAUAUCAGGGUGGUGAAGAAAGUCGGUGGAACGAUUGAGGAUACCGAGCUCGUGGAAGGCGUCGUUCUAAACCAAAAUGUCAUCGUGUCCGCUGGUGGCCCGACUCGGAUGGAGAAGGCGAAGAUUGCCAUCAUUCAGUUCCAGCUGAGCGCACCCAAACCUGAUAUGGACAACACUGUGGUCAUCAACGACUACCGUCAAAUGGAUAAGGUCAUCAAAGAGGGCCGGCAGUACCUUUUGAACAUCUGCAAAAAGAUCAAGAAAGCCAACUGCAAUGUGCUUUUGAUUCAGAAGUCGAUAUUACGGGACGCCGUCGAUGACACGUCUCUGAACUUCCUCAAGCGUUUGAACAUCAUGGCUGUGAAGGAUGUGGAGCGGGAUGAGAUUGAAUUCUUGUCGAAGAGUUUGGGUUGCAAACCCAUUGCUGAUAUCGAGGCAUUCACUGAAGACAAGCUGGGCUACGCUGAUCUGGUGGAAGAGUCAUCGGAGUUGGGCCCCAAAGUCGUCAAGAUCACUGGGAUCAAAAACCGGGGCCGUACUGUCAGUAUCUUGGCGAUGGGCAGUAACAACCUGGUCGUGGAGGAGUGCGAACGUAGUCUGCACGAUGCGUUGUGCGUUGUGCGGUGUUUGGUGAAGAAACGCGCUCUCAUCGGGGGAGGAGGUGCUCCAGAGAUCCACGUGUCUAGGCUGUUGUCACAGUACGCUCAAUCGCUGAAAGGCAUGGAGGCAUACUGCUUCCAGGCUUAUGCGGAUGCACUGGAAGUCAUCCCAACCACCCUUGCCGAGAAUGCUGGGCUGAACCCCAUCGCCAUCGUCACUGAGCUAAGGAAUCGACACGCGUUGGGAGAACGUACAGCCGGUAUCAAUGUUCGCAAGGGAUUGAUAUCGAACAUCUUGGAGGAAGACGUUGUCCAGCCUCUCCUCGUCAGCACCAGUGCUAUCGAAUUGGCAACCGAGACGGUGACGCACAGAUUCGCAUCUUCAUCUUGCUCAGUUGCUCUCAUUCCCACCAUGUCUGGAGGUCGAAAACGCGCUGCAGGAUCCGAGGCCCAGGCAUCUUCGUCUAAAUCCAAGCCUCCGCCGUCCAAGAAGACGCGUUUCGUAGACCCUUCUGAUGACCCUACCAACUUCGCUGAAGAAGUCGACGCGGCACUGGAGCAAACCACACGAAAGGGCAGGGUCAAGACAGAGGGCUACGACUCAGACUCAAGUGAUGAUGGAGAAGGCGUUGUCCUGAGUCGCCGAAAGGACGGGGAGGAGGAAGACGAUGAUAUGUUCGCCAUGGCAGAGGACACGGACAAAAAAGACGGCGAGACUGCGAAGAAGAAGGAAGAGUAUCUACGUCUCGGGGACAUAGAAGGGCAAGAGUUUGAGGAUUCCGACAAUGAGAAGGAUAGUCUGGAUGAAGAUGAGCCGGAGGACGAAGAUGACGCUGAACGGCGCAAGAAGGCUGGGAUGGGCUUCGAGAUGUCCUCUUUCAAUAUGCGGGAGGAGAUGGAAGAGGGAAAGUUCACCGAGGACGGUUCAUAUGUGAAGACUUUUGAUCCCCAUGGUGUGCACGAUCGGUGGAUGGAAGGACUAGACGACCGAGAGAUCAAGCUCGCGCGGAGGAGGAAGAAGGAGCAGGACAGAAAACAGAAGGAGCGCGUUCGUGCUGAAGAGAAAGAGCUGCAGGAAAGUGGGGGGAAACCCGCAAUGGAGAUGGAGCUACUCGGAUUGCUAAAGAAGGGGGAAACCAUUCUUGAAGCAUUGCAGCGCUUGGGUGUCGAAGCUAAGAAGUCCGCGAAGAAGAACAAGUGCGACUAUGCCUGCACUUUAACUCACCAGCCAUUGACCAACUCCAGAGCAGGGAAGGAUCCUAUGAACGUCGACGAUACUCUCAAGGCGCCCUCCGCCAUUGAACGAGUAACUCAUUUGGCGUCUACGCUUAUGACUCUGGGCGAUGCGGACAUCUAUUCACGAACGUACGAAGAACUGGUUCGAUCUGUACGCUCCUCUGGAUUCGUGGACGAAUCGUGGACUCCACCAUCGAACGACAAAACGUACGAAUACAAAUGGCGAGGAACAGACGGCAGUGAUCCUGGCACCGUGUUUGGACCGUUCAGCAAGGAAGAUAUGCUUGCCUGGCACAAGGCUGCCUAUUUUGGCGCGCUUGGAGAAAAAGUCGAAGUUCGAGAGACGGGUGGUGGUGGCUGGGACGACUGGGACAGCGUCUUGGACUAG